AUGGAGGAAACAGCAGCCGUCAAGAUUCCAAUUUACAAUCCGAUUAACCCGCCAUUGUGGUUUGUUAUGUGUGAAGAAACAUUUGCUUUAGCCGCACCCAAGCCUAUUACGGAUUCGAAGACAAAAUUUAACAAUUGCGUCGCUCAUUUGCCGCCGGAAAUUACUGCGUUGGUUAGAGAUAUCUUUCUCCGGGAACGUACAGAUGCUUCUUACGAAGACCUUAAAGCUGCUAUUACGGUACGCUGUGGAGAAAGCAGUACGAGUGAAAUACGGAAAUUACUCACCGGCGAGCAACUUGGAGAUAGAAAGCCAUCAGAACUUCUACGAGUAAUGACUAGGAGGGCUGAAAAAUACAAUGUGCUGCCUGACUCUUUGUUACUGGAAUUAUUCAUGCACCAGAUGCCGCCAAAUGUUCAGUCUAUUCUAGCGUCGGUUGAGCCGCUCGAUUCAUCGAAAGCUAGCAGUAUCGCGGAUAGAAUAUUGGAAGUUACACCCGCUCAGGUAAGCGAAGUUUCUUCUUGUGUACCUCUCAAUGUGUCUGAGAUUUCUAAAUUGGAUUCCCUGCUGGAGGAAGUGAGCAAAUUGCGUAGCGAGGUUUUUUGUCUCUACGACGAUCACGCAGUGUUUCCCAAAAUCGCUAUAACAGGAAGCGAAGCCCUUCAGCUAAAGCUGCUUCGAACUGUUCCUAUUGUUGGUAUCAUCAUCAUAAAUUUAGCGAUAAAGCUAAAAAGUGUGUUCCACCAUGUACAUUUCCAGGGAAAUGUACCAGGGAAAGUGUAG